UAUCGUAGUAAUUCGAGGUCAGGAGUACUCGGUACACUCGGGGUAAACAUGGAUUGUUCCAAGAAAGAAGAUGAAUCAGACCCUUUUAAAAUCAUCUACAGGUCUAUGGUACAUCAGUUAAUAUUUGAAUACCAGAGAGGAAGUAUAGGACCACGUGCUAGAAUCAAUUCAAAAACCAAACGAAUCAGACGCAGUAUCAUAAUCAAGGGAAUAACAUAAUAGAUAUACCGAGGUUUAUCUGUAACAUAUAAUGACAUUGCUAACCGACGCGCUGUUGCUGCAAGGGAAUGACGAUCAAAUGGAACACAAACAUACAUACAUCGUACACCAUUUAGUAUAGAACACCACAAGAUGGAAUGAAAUUUUCUGAGAACUUAACGCAAUUUACUUAUAAUCAACUGAGGGUUCCAUUCUCAAGCAUCGUUGAAGUAUUGUCACCUGACCAGAUAGCUAAAGUUGCUGAAAUGGCAACUACGAUGAUGGCAGACUUCAAACCCGACCUAAAUGCUUGUUUACCACCUGCUUCACAGUGUGGUCAGAUGAACUCUUCCCAAGGGACAAUGUCAAUGUCCCCAAUCUCACCUGCCAGUACCCUGUCACCAAAUCCAGAUGCUGAAAAAUGCUAUCUCAAUCUAGAUAAAUGGCAGACAGAUUCACAGAAUGGAUAUAACGAUAUCUCCUUAUAUGAUGAUCACUCUAACACAAGUGGUUAUCAAACCGUACCACAGAACCGACCAUAUGUGCCACAACCGAGAAGUUGCACACCACAAACUCUAUGUCCACCCACACUUUGUCAAAAGAGCAUCAACGGUGCCCUAAAUGGCAACAUGGAUAUGAGUGGAUUUAAAGCCACAGCUAACCAAGCCACUUUUGGGAUAAAGCAGGAAGCUGAUACAUAUGACUGCCCUGUUGAAGACAUUGUGAUGGAUCAAGUGAGGAGAGACAUGCAGUUAGCCUGUACCAGACUCGACAUACCAGCUGAUCCCUAUCAAUGGAGUCCGAGCCAAACAAAGGCUUGGUUGGCGUGGAAUAUUGACCAGUUCCGUCUCCACGCUGUCAACCUGGCUUACUUUGAUAUGAAUGGUACCACACUUUGUAUGCUGAGUGAAGAUGACUUUAAAGCUAGAGCACCCCUUGGAGGCGAAAUGUUAUAUGCUCAAUUAGAGAUAUGGAGAAAUGGUUUUAAACUGUUUGAGAUUACUCCGCCCACAAGUCCAUCCAGUCCACCAAGCACAUUCUGCCAGCAAUAUGGGGAAGUGAGAAACCCCCAGAAGGGCGGUGUACCGUCCCCUUGCCCCUCAACUGAAAGUUCAGAUAGUGCCUACUCGGCAGCCUCUGCCACAUCUCCCAGAAAUGGCUACAUGGAAGCACAAACAUCAUUCAAUAAUAAUAUGUUUCAAUACGAGCAACAGCAGCAAUGCUCCCCCGAGCCAGUACAACAUGGCCGCCAGAAUAUCCAUCUUUGGCAAUUCCUUAAAGAAUUAUUGCUUCAGCCUCAACACUAUGGCAACGCUAUCAGAUGGGUAGACAGAAGCAAAGGUAUCUUUAAAAUUGAGGAUUCCGCACGAGUUGCAAGACUAUGGGGCAAGAGAAAAAACCGUCCAGCCAUGAAUUACGAUAAAUUAAGCCGUUCCAUUCGACAAUACUACAGAAAAGGUAUCAUUAAGAAGACCGAACAAUCCAAGAGACUAGUCUACCAAUUCUGCCACCCUUAUCUGUUAUAGAUCUGCUGAACAUUGAUGAUCUGAGAAGUCAAUAACAACAAAAUGUAGCUACGACUCCCGGGUCACGAUUGUAUUUCUUAAUACAACGGGCACUAGAGAGUAAAGACAAACUGUACCAAUAAAUGUAUCCUAGAUACAUUGGAUCUCAAUGAAAAAGACUUAAUAUUCAUAUGAAGUAUUUCUAAGAUGAGUAUCAUUAGUGCUCUGCACAGAUUCAAUAAAGACACUAACAAUUUGAUGAUAGUAAUCAUGAGAAUCAUACAAUCAUUAUCUAGUAUUGAUAUGAACAACUUGAGAAAGUAAGGUUGUGAGAUGAGGACAUGCACAUGAAUAGUUUUACUAGGGCAUCUCGUACUGUAUAUAGUGACUAUGCUGAAAGUUAUAACAUGGAAGGGUAAAUGUAGCGAGACUUCCAUUACAUAUGGGGUAAUCAACUUACUAUAUUAUUGUGUGUCUCUAGUGAUGUCCAUAUAUAUAGCCCCGGGUCAAUAUGAUUGAUUAAUUUUGUGGGGUGUAUAUAUGAAUGAAUGGUGCUGUGAUAUUGUAGCAUUGCAAUGGUUGUCAUAGUAACACUGUUGUCUUGUGCGGGUAAAUUUGGACCGGUGAUGGAAAAUUUGUUUUAUCAACUUUUAAUUUUAAGCUGAAGAAUGAAUCAGUGUUGUGAAUGAUAGUCAUAUACAAUGUAAUCAAAUACAAUUUAUUGUACAAAACCAGAUUUUUAAAAAUAUUUUACUUGGUUUGAGAAUCUUGAGAUCAUUCCAAUGUUCCACUGCUCUCGCCAUUUAAAGAUAAUGUACUAAUUUGAUUUCAGCCGCAUUUUAAUAAACCGUGUACAUAUGUAAAUACUAUUACUAUUAUUAAAUCUAUGUACAUUUUAUGUAUAGUAUAUAUAUACAAUAUAUAAGUAAAGAAACUUAAGGUGCCAUAUGACUAUAUAUAUAUUUGCUUUAACUGCGAUGUAAAAAACUAACUACAAUUAAGUCUUCAUAAACAAGCUAGUGUGCCAAACUAAUACUCAGUAAACACACAGGAUUAUAGCAAUUAAGAAUUCACUGAGUCGUUGAUAAUGUAAAAUAAAAGAGUAAUCACAAAGUACAACAUCCUAAAAAGUGCUACUAGUAGCAUUCACAUAUUGAUUUUAUCCUUUUAAAAUCAAUGUUAUAAGAGUGCUGUACUUGAUUUUCAUUACUGUAAAAGACAAAAAUUUAUAUUCCUACAAGGUGAAAAUUAUUAGAUUACAGCAUUUUCCCGUUGCCAAUACAGAAUUAGAACUAUACAUUAUACCUCAAAAGUCAAGAUGUUUGUGUUUUAAACCUUUGUUUUGCCAGUACACAUCAGCACACUCAGAACUUAUUGCUUAUUUGUGUCAUGUCAAUAACUUGCUUUUCUUGGAUUUACACCUAUCAUCUAUGUGUCCAGAUAUUUUGAGACGUUUCCAUGUCAACGUGAAACAGCACUUUCAAUUGCGAUUUUCUAAUUGAAUAUGUGAGGUGCGCCUUUUGAUACGAUGCAACUGUGUAUAUGGCUUACAAAAUUUUGGUCAUCUUGAACCGAUUGUUGAGGAUUAUACCUAAUGUUACUACUUCAUUUAUGUAGCUAUCGCCUAGUUUACUAUGACAUUAUAUUAAGUUGUAAAUGUACUCCUUACAAUGGUUAUAAUAACCAUACAUUCAGCUUGCUUGAUGAUGUAAAGCCCAUGCUUCCUGGUAUGUAGCAUUAUACUGAAAACAUUUUGUACAAUUUAUAUCAAAUCAAUAUUGUAUAUGGAUAUAUUAAUAAAAUAAGAUGAAAAAUUCAAAAAUUAAA